AGCAACAAAAACAACAACACUAACAGCUGAAUGUGGCGAUUUCAAUGUUGCUCAGCAAAACGCUUCAUGAAUUUAUCUACAAUUAUAAACAGUAAGCUGCAUUAUUCGAUUGUGAGUAUUCUAACCAGGGAUGAGAUUUGUACCAGUCGCUGUGGAAGCUUCUCCUGGCUCCUCCCUGGAGGGAAACUCUCUCAUAUUGGCUGCACUGGCACCUCACACCUGGACUUGGAUACGUCUAGAAGAUGGAGGGGAGGAAAGAUUCAAACUGCAUUACAUCUGAACUCAUUAUACAAUAUAACAACUAGUAAAAACAUCAUCAAUUUGGAACAGUCAGUGAUUAGUUUUAUAAAACGGAUAGUUCCGGUCCUAAAAUCUGAUUGGCUGAGCCGCGUCUUGUAAAAUCCCCGAUAAACGCACACCUAGGACCAGCUCACAUCAUUCCAUAUUAAUACGCCACUGAAUAGAAAAAAAUUAAUGUUAUUUUCGCCCUCAUGUUGCCUAGCAACACUGUUAAUCGAACUAUUUUGCGUCGCGGAAGAAUGCUUUAUUAGAGAAGUUGAGAGAAGAUUACAGGAUUGAGAGAAGACUACUGGGUGUUGUACCGCAUUUAAAAUACGCCUACAAUAGGCAUGCCAGAUAUUGAACUUUUAAAACACCCCUCAAGGGAACCCAAAGACAGUUUGCAAGCAUUAAGCAGCUGCUCUUAUCCAGAGCGAAUUACAGAAUGUGACUUAGAAGAUGCUGUAGAAGACAAGGAAGAAUGGCAACUAGUCUACCACAUACAUUUAUGUAAACUGAAAAACAAUACAUCACCAUUCAUGGCCAAAGCAGUGUGCUGCAUCCAAGAGCUAAGGAACAAAUUGGAGAACUGGUACAAGGAGGAGAGUAAUAAUCUAUAUGAUCAUUUUGAAGAAGGAAAUCAAAAUGAUGUAUGGAGGUUUGAUUCUACCAAUUCUAAGAUUGAUAUAACACCAGCUGAAUUUCAUAUUGAAAGCAUAAGCCUUCAAAGUAAUUAUGAAAGUAAAACAUUGAGCCCUUUCUGGAAAAGGAUCUUGCUUAAGGUGCUGUCUCAUAUCAAGAAUCUGGAGUCAGAUCUACAAGAGGCCAAGAAGGAACUGCAAGAGGAACAUCAAAAGGCACAGAGACUAAGAACGAAGCAGAACAGUCUCUUUGUCUGGAAACAACAGCAGUUUCCUGUGGCAGUUCAGAUAGAGUAUGAAGCCUGCACCAAAGACAUCACAGAGUUAAAAUGGCAUCUUGAGGUAAAGAAAGAUCGAAUGAAGCAACUGAGAAACAGCCUAAGCCACAGUGAGACACAGAAUUGUCAGCUGGUUAAGGAUAUUGAUUUUGUAAGGAAACAUGACCAACUUGUAAAGAAGAAGCUGCAACUGGAGAUGGCAGUCAUAAAGCAGAUAAAAUCAGGCCAUACUAAGACUAGUGUGAUGUUCACCAAGAUAUACCAUGAGGCAAUCAGUUGCCAGCAGGAGUUGGAGAAUAAGGAACUGCAAAUGAAUAACGAAAGAGGGAUGAUGACCAUAAUGCUUAAUGAUGUCCAUAAUCAGCUUAAAGAUCAAAUCAAUGAACUCAAGCGGUUGAAGUCCUACUGGGACAUUUACUGUAACAAAGUUAGUAAAACUGAAAGGAAGGCUGAAUUAAAAGACAACCAACUUGAUGCCAUACUACAGCAGAUUUCCCUUUUUAAAGCUGAAGAGACCAAAAUAUACAAUGUUAUUGUGGAUCUAAAAGCAAAACUAGAAAGACAAAAUGGUGAACUUGGAAGAAAACAAGAUGGACUUCUGAACCUUCAAAAUCAGAUUAAAGCAACUAUGUAUGAAACAGAAGCACAGAUUUCUAAGUUUGAGGAAAUCUUACAUAGGAAGCGGCAAGACCUUAUUUGUCUGCACGAUAAAAAUAAAGUUCAUGAAAUUGAAACUAAAGAUUACAACAACAGGAUCAGCCAAAGCAAGGAGACAAUAAAUGGGUUGCAGAGUGGCCAAAAACGGAUAUUACAGAGGAUCAGUCAAAAUGAGGAACAGUGGGAGCAGGCCAAGGCUAAGCUGGCACUGGAGAUUGACCAUCACUCAAAUACUCUAGCUAGGUUAAAUGAAUUAAAUCAACAAACAUUUCUUCAGGAGCAAAUGAUGGAGAAAGAGGCAGAACAGUUAAAGAUGCAGCUGAUAAGUGAGAUGAACUUGGUAGCAGUUUUUAAGGGUUCCAUUGCCUCCAUCACAGAAGAAAUGAAUAUUGCAAAGGUUGAUGGUGAAAGAAUGAAGAAUGAGCUACUGGAAAAAUAUCAAGUAGCCUCCUAUUCAGUCUCCCAACUGGAAACAAGAAUGGUGGAACUAAAAGACGUACAUACAGCAAAAUCAAAGACAACGGACAUCUUAAAAAAGAAUCUAAGUGACAUAUUAACCAAUGGCAAAGACUGGUCUAAAGAUCUUGAACAGCAAAAGUGUGUUUGUCUGGACCAUUUAAAUUCAGUUAAAAAAGCCCACAGCACAUUCUUACUGAGGUGUGAACAGGUAUCCUUAAAGAUUGAGGAGCUCAGCCUAGACUGUGUAGAAUACAGGAAAGCAUCAGACAUGAUGGAAAAAAUUGCUGCUGUCAUGCCAGUAGAAAAACUACAGAGUGCAUAUGACAUGGUGGAAUACAAGCACAACAUGGCUGACACAAUGAUAAAGAGUCUUCAAAGUAACAUGGUGGCCUAUAGAAACAGGAUAGCUGUGUCUGAGAAAGCACACUCUACCCUUAUUUGUGAGCGUCAGGUUAACGUUCAGGAAAUCAAGUCUAAUUUGAAAGCAGCUCAAAAAGAAAAUAUGAAGCUGGAACAUGAAUACAGGGAACUGCAGAAAGCUCUUAUGAUUGCCAAGCGAGAUGCUGUUUGCUUGUUCAUCGAGAAAAAAAGAGCCAACGGUUCCUUUCAAGAUCACAAACAGCUUUCAUUGUUGCAGAGGAGGAUGCACAAAGCCAUGCUGAAAUACUUCAAACACCGCAGCAGCUACAGCCAGGCAAAUCUGGCCUGCUCCCAGACCCUUUCCAACAAGAACAACCAGAAAAAUAAAGCCCUCCAGGAAAAGUUCCUAAGAACAAUACAAACCUCUGCUAUCUCUCCCUCACUACCAGAUGAUUCAACUUCUAGCCACAAUGAUAAAGCAGACAAACAUGGACAUUGAUGGACUGAACUGGAAGACCCCUUCAGUACACAUAACAAAGUAGUUGGACAUUUACUUGUGUGCCAGACAACUCACUUAAAACCCUCUCCAAGCCUGCUUCACUGUCUCUACCCUUUCUGCUCCUCACAGCCCAAUCCAUAACAAUGAAACAGGUGACUUUCAUGCUGCUGUCAGGAAUGAUCUAAUUUUAGCUGGGUGAAUGAUUGCAAUUGGCUUUGCCUCAUCAGAUAAUUAAUCUAUGUCACCAUUAAUUGGAAAAGAGAAUAAUUACAUGGCUGUGUUGACAGAAAUUCUUCUUCAGAUUCCCGGAUCUAAUUACACCUACAAAACCCUUCUGAUCCAAAUCCUUUGGUUAGUAUACCACCGUAGCCUUAAGAAGUGCAUAACUGAGUUGCACCCUUUCUCCCUUAACGUAUUCCCUUUUUUUAUUUACCCUUUUUUUCUUUGUCUUCUCAGAGAGCUGUCUCUCUCAAUCACUUUUCAAUAUUCAAUCUUAAUUUUGUUGAAGUUUAGCAUUUUCAAUGAGCUGGAGAUGAAUGAUUAAUGAAUAAAUUUAUAUGCUUCAUUUUGUCCAUGGAUCAUUAGUCAAGUCCUUUGUGGGAAGGACCUGCAAAAAAGGAGGAAAAAUUAUUAAGACAUUAGCCUCAAGCUAUCCCGGAGUAAAUAGUAUGCACAGAAGGGUGUUGUGUGAGCACUACCCACUGGCAUUCCUUAGAAUUCCCCAUGAAAACACUUGUGUUUCUGUUUUUCCUCAUCACAUGACUGAUGUAACACAUUUAGUGACACAUUUAUUUGGAAAUCUUUUUUUUAAUUAAAAUGUCUGCAUGUAAGUACUUUUUCUAAGCAAGUUUACUCAGGAAUAAGUGUGUACACAUAAAAAGCUCGUUUGUCAUUGUUGUUUAAAGCUAGCACCUGUGGCUCUUUUCCCCUUGGAUGUUACAGUUUGUCAUAUAACUAUGCUAUGUAGCUGUACAAAUAUAAAGUGGUACCUUGUAACUCAAUGUUCCCUAAACUCAAAAUCUUUGAAACUCAACAAGAAAUUUGUACCCUUAAACUCAACGUUUCCCUUAAA